UGUACAGCGCCGCGCCUCGAAUCCGCGUCAACAAACAAACCGGCGGAACAGAGGCUCUCAGGGCUGCUCCUGCUAGCUCGCUGGCUGGUUGCAUCAGCUAAAGCUAACCUUAGCAUCUGAGGCAGCCUCUCCCUGCAGGACGUCCUUCAGACUUAUUUAUUAACGUCAUAUUGUUUAGCUGGAAGGCCGCAAUAUGGUUGUACUUAAUAGUAACAACGGCAGCAGCAACGAAGAACAAGAUGUAAUCUUGAUAGAAGAGCGCAGCUCAUCCUUGCCCAGCUCACCUGCCAAACGAGUCUCUCCAGCCAAAAAGAAGCAGUUCUUUAUAAGCCAGGCCAUUCGCAACUCUGACCUCACACCCAAAGCCAAGGGCAAAAAAAGCCAAAGGAGACAGGAGAACACUCGCUACCUGGCUAAUCUUCUGGAGCGGGAUGAGUGCUCCAAAGACGAGGCUGAAGCAUGUGAGACAGCCUCACCCACAGUCUUCACUGAGGCUUGCACCAAUGGAAACUAUGUGGAGUAUUGGAGUGACUUCAUGAACCGCUCAGGAGAGGAGCAGGAGAAACUGCUAGCCCUGCUGGAGGAGGAGGCGAGGAGGAGUAACUCUAGCAAGGCCCCCAAAGAUCAGAGAGAACUGAACCCUGCCUACACCGCUCAGGAAUGCUUCCAAAGGAUUGACCGGAGGCUGCGUGCAACAUUGAAACGAAAGCACAUUCCCUUGGGGACUCUGGAGAUUCUGGAGACUGACCUGCUGACCUUUUUUGGUGCUACACCACACUCUAUCUAUGUCACCAAACUUGGCAGCAGUUUCGAGAGGCUGCUGCUUCAUGCUAUCUGCCAGUAUAUGGACCUCGUCUCAGCCAGCUCUGACUGUAAUGGGGCUCGGCAGACAAAGGUCGUGAACAAGCAGGAGGGGUUCCUGCCCCCCUGCCCGCUGCUCUCAGCCUACCUGGAACAGAUGAGCUGAAAGGACUGCCACCUUCUAGCCCUGCCACAUAAACUGGCCAGUAUGAAUUCUAGAAGCAGCUUUAAGUAAACAGGCUUGUAAGCCUAUUGUCUGCCAAUUACGUUGGAAAGGCUUUGUUUAUGAGAGUGAGAGUGGGCCACCAUGUUCUUUAGUAGAUUCCUGCACUAGCUACCUAAAUGGUCAUUUGCUGGAACUCUUUUCACUGUUUGUACUGGAAACCUUUACUUGGAAUUUUAAGUGACUCCAUGAAAUUUAAUUCUUUUGAUAAUGCACAAAAUCUGUACGGUCCACGUUGAUAUUCAAGGCAGAUGUACUGUUUUGUCACAGCAGGCUUUUAUAGGUGCUAUCAGUGAAUUUAUCUCUUGCCACAUCUUUGCUACUAAAUAGAAACGUGUCUCAAAAUAUUAUAAUGUGAUACUGAUUCGAUUUUUGUGAUACCGCUAAAAGUGCUAAGUUUUAUGGGGUAGUUUUUGUUCACAUUGAUUAGGUACAAGAUAAAGCAUGUUUUGUGCAUUCUUUACCGUAAUUUUUGAUUUUGGAAUAGAUAUGGGUUACUCUGAACUAGAUAAAUCUUUUCCGUAUGUGUCAUGUCAUGUAAAUAUGUUGUAUGAAUAGAUCAGUUUAGCUAAUUCAACAAAACGUGUUAGUGAUAGCAUCUUUAAGUGCCUCUAUUCAAAACAGUUACACAUUCAAUAGGUUUUAGUUUAAUCACAUUUUUCUCAGAUUUCUUCACCACAGUCUUUGUGUUCUGAAGAACACAAUGUUGAUACUAAUAUUAAUUUUGGAACUAAUCCUGAGAUUUAGGAAACUGUUUAAUCAUAUAAGGUUGUAAUGGUCUGAGAUGGGUUCCCAGGCCCAGUCCUGUCGACCAUACACACGCAUUUUUCCUACUCUACACACCUGGGGUUGCCAGACCUGCAACUUUGAAACCCUGGUCUAAUAUAUUUAAAAAUACCUGGGGUUUCCGAAGGGGAAGGUGUAGAAACACCAAGUCUCUAAAGGUUUACAAAACAUCCUUUUGUCUUUGGAGAGAUCUCAGUGAUUCUGGGAUAAAAGAAUCCCUUAAAAGUGAUAUGUAAUAUCAGUAGUACUUGCAGUGCUAGUUGCAUGUUUUAUCACUUUUUCCUUUUUCAGCAUCAGUGCUUUAGUGUCGUAUACUGGACUUUUAUAUUCUAUCCAAAUUAUGCUACCAAAUAUGUGCUUUUUAGUGAUUUCAUAAAUAUCCUCACUUUCUUCUGGUGAAGACAUGCAUGAUGGCAGUGGUAGUGAUGCCUCUGUUAUCAAGACAUUGUGCUAUAUGUGGUGCUCUUUCUUUGUGUGUUUUGAAAGUUUACUAGAAUUCAGUCAGGUAAUUUGAAGGGGAAUUAAUUCAAAGUUUCAUUAAUUCUGCAUAAAUCAGUCAUUGAGAUGUAAACACGGCCAUUUAUGGUGGUUUGAUGUGAACUGAUUAAUUGUAGAGAAAACUUUACAGUGGUCUUGAAAGGAACCAGGGGUCGUGAUGCCUCCAGUGCAUUUAAUGUUAAUAAUAGUAAAUUUGAAAUAAAUCUGAAAAAAGAAGUAUUUUACUUUUAGGUCUAUGUUGCCUCACAAUGCCCUGCAUUUCUCCUUCUCUGCCAUGAAUAUAUAAAAAAAAUGUUCUAAGCCAAAAUCUUGCCUCAAAACUAUCAUAAAGCUCUCUGACAGUCUCUGACUGUGUUCUUAACCAUUUCAUGUUAGAACUUUCUGUGAGGGAGCUUUUAGAGGCAUUAAACGCUUUAGACGUCUGGUUCCUAUCACCACCACUGUCAGCAAUCCUGCCUAUUUAAAUUUCUCGAGAAUGGUGCCCAUCAAACCAAAGCUGGAUAGCUUUGUUUUAUAUCUUCAUGAUUUAAUUAAGCAGACAUUUUAAAAGAUUGUUGGAAGUCCUCUUUAAGCAGCACACAACUCAAAUUGAGCAGAGGAACUGUUUACAAUGCAGAACUUCAGAAACAGGCUCACAGAAACAGAAACUGUUAUUAAUGGCAGAAUCUGAUAGAUUUGGAUCAACCUCAGAUGUAGGCAUGUUUGUACCAGGUAAUAUGUGAAGGUAUGGUCGCCUUUAAGGCACGUAACUUAUAUUGAAUUUUUCUCUGGCCCUGUUAUCACACCCUUAUCAACUUGCACUCACAACUAUGCCUUACACAUGCAUGCCAGUUUGUCAGUAAUGUGACUUUGCUUUCGUUUAAUACAUUUAAAGAUCAAGGCUUGUCGUGGUUUACAUCAUGAGUACAUUUUGUGACAUUUUUACUCUGAAGAGGCUGGAGACCCUCGACCAGCCGGUGUGUUGAUGUUCCGAACCAAAGUGAAAGUGCGAGUGCGUUUACUCAUUUUCUCAGGCAUCAACACUUAUGAAUGUGUAUUUCUACACACAUCAAACACAUGUUUAUUCACGUAAAGCCAGGAGUCCCACAUGUUACUGUAGAUCCAAAUGCUGGGCUUAGGGGAUGGCUUUGUACUAUAUUUAUAUGUGUCUGCCUGUAGAUUGCUGUUAUAAUAUAUUGGUAGUUUCAUGCAGAGAAAGUUAGCUUCAUGCACCGUAGACUACAGGGUGUGUCUUUUUACAUGUAGGUGGGACAAAUGGAAAUAUGAAUGUUUAGUACCAAGUACAAUUUCAAGAUCAUUUUUGUAUGAACAUUGUGUCACAGGGAUGCAAGCCAUGUGUGAUCUGUCCAUGUCUGUAUGUAAACAUUGGAAUAAAUACUUAGUCAAGCA